AUGAGCUCGAGGGCCGGACCUUAUUCAAGAUUGACUGUCAAGCCCGGCAGCAGAGCGUCCGGAGCGUCGGAGAAUCCGAAGCGGCCUCAUGCACCGGACACCGCGCUAUGGCGUAGAAGAGCAUCCGCAGAGCAGCGCAACGCAGCGCCGCACGGCACCGCACCGCACCCUGAAGACGGGAACGGGCGCGCAGCAUUCAUUCAAGCCUCGCGACCCGACGCUGCACCUCGAGCUUCUCGAGGCUCCUUGACGCCUUCCUUCCCCUCACCAUCGUCUUGGCUCCUCUUCGCCCAUCGUCGCGGCGUCGGUCCAUCCGCUGACGACGCUGCUCAUCAUUCCCGUGACCAAUCUUCGUUUCAAGUCUCGAAUAUCUCGCGUCCAAGCAACCGAGGUCACCGACGUCCUCGUCGUCUUGUCGAUCGCUUCAUUAAGCUCCAGGCGACCUUUGCUGCAGCUGCACCACGUCACCGGCAUCUUCCCCCAUUCGACCUUGCCGAGUGGAGCGACGCUCGGCAUCCAGCAGGCGUGGCCAUGGACGUUCUGCGCAAGGUCAGCGGCGCAAGCGCCCGCGCCGUGCCUGCUUCCAACGCAGGCACCACCACUGCCGGCGGCUCAUCCAACAACGCCCCCGCGUCCACUGCCAGCACCGCUUCCGCUUCCAAUUCGCUGCUCAGCGCCUCCCCCGCCCGCUCGCCGAGAAGCAGCAUCUCGCGCGAUUCGGUCAAGGACAAGGAUGCCGCCUCCUCCCGCAUGGCAAAGAUGCGAGCCGCAAUGCACAUCGGCUCAGUGUAUGAUGACUGGCCAAUGUACUCGGCCAACGGUGACGACUACAUUGUCGGAGACGUGAUCGGCUUUGGUGCCUCGUCCGUCGUGCAUCAGGGCGUCUUCAAGCCGCUCGACAGGGCGUGCGCCAUCAAGGUCAUCGAUCUCGAGGCAUACGGCCGCGACACAGAGGAGCUGCGCAGAGAGACGCAGCUCAUGUCGCUCUCCAAGCAUCCCAACGUGCUGCGCGUGCGAGGAUGCUGGGUCAAGGGCGCCAAGCUGCACAUCGCCACGCGCCUCAUGAGCAGCGGCUCCAUGCUCGACAUCAUGCGUUUUGCCCAUCCGGAGGGCUUUGACGAGCUCGUCAUCGCCACGGUCCUCAAGCAUGCCCUCGAGGGCCUCAACUACCUCCACAUCAACGGCUGGCUCCAUCGCGACCUCAAAGCGGCUAAUAUUCUCGUGGACGACGACGGCACGGUGCUUCUCGGCGACUUUGGCGUGGGCGUCUUUGUCGGCGAUACGGACAAGUCGUCCGGUUCGGUCUCGAGCGAAGGCAAGCGCAAGAGCUUCGUCGGAACGCCGUGCUGGAUGGCACCCGAGGUGAUCGAACGCAAGCACUACGGCACCAAGGCCGACAUUUGGAGCUUCGGCAUCACCGCGCUCGAGCUCGCGCAGGGGCGCGCACCCAACUCGAAGCUCAACCCGGUCAAGGUGCUCAUGCGCACCAUGCAGGACGAGCCGCCGCAGCUCGACCGCACGGGUGGCGCGCACAAGUACUCGAAGCUCAUGGACGAUUUCGUGCGCCAGUGCCUGCAGAAGGACCCGGAGAGGCGACCCACGGCGGACAAGCUGCUCUCGCACGGCUUCUUCAAGCAGGCCAAGGCGCCCAAGUUCCUCAUCUCGGCCAUCCUCGCCGGUCUGCCGCCACUGGCGGAUCGGCAGGAGCGUCGCCGACUCGCCUCGAUCCAUUCGACGCAACACUACCUCUCUUGGGAUUUUGGCACCAUCAACAGCCGCACCGCCACGCCCAAUCUCGAGCGCCUCGAUCCGUUCCGCAAUUUCACCGGUGUGGUCUCGCUUCCGUCGCCGCAGGGAUCGGUGCGGUCCACCAAGCUGGUUUCGAUCGACGGCCACCACGUGCUCGCCACCGAGGAGGACGACACGAGCCUCAUGCGGCGAUUCAGCAGCUACGACGACGCGCUCGCCAAGGAGGGCGCGAUGCACGGCAGCUUCGGACGCCGUCGCGGCCGCUCGGUGGAUGCGCUGGGCCAUCGCAAGUCGGUUUCAUUUGAGGGCCAGGACAGCGGCGGUGGUCGUGCGGGAGCCGAGACGGAUUCGUUCGGCACCGCGGGCGUUGCGUCGUCGUUAGCGCCGAUUGGCGAAAAGGUGUCGCCGAUGGUGUCGCCCACACAGCAGCCAGCGGCUGCCGACGAGCCGACGAGCUUGCGGCUGAGCGCCGAGGACGCAGCGGCCGACGAUCAAGAGGCGGAUGCAGCCGCUCCGGAGCAGUCUGGCGAGAGGCAGGGCCUUGGAAGCGGUGAGGUGACGCUCAACGGAUCGUCGCAGGGCCAGAGGUCGGUGUCUUCGGCCACCACGGCGACGCUGGUAGCCAGUCGCGGCGACGACAAGGACGAAUCGAAAGAGGCUGCAACUGCCACUGCGCCGGCGCCCAACAUGCUGCAGCGCACGGCGAGCCGGUUGCGAGGCAACGGCGGGGAGGCGGCAUCGGGAGCACACCCCAAGCAUCACAAGCGCGAGUCGGUGUUUGGCAAGCUUUUCAAAGGCGCCAGCUCCGGUCGCAAGGAAGGCAAAGUUUGA